CACACACACACAGAUACACACACACAGACACCACACACAGCUGGCUGCUCAUCUGAGUUUUCACACCUUCCGUCUGCGCAGGGGUGUGUGGACAGCCCUCUCCUCCUCCUGUCAGCCCUCGCCCCUCGCUCUCUCAACUUUCCUCUCCAAAUCUCGGCUUCUCAUUCUCACUGUCCUCACCUCAGCCACGCACACGGAAUGACGUGCACAUACACAUACACACACAGGUGCAUUCUUACACACACAAACGCAAUGUCCUUAUGCUUGCACAGUUCUGUGGUUUUCAUUUUAAGAGCAUGCAAGCCAUCACUUCAACAAUACACACAUGUACACAAGCAAACAAGCACACACACUUGCGAGAAUGCUCUCUUGGUCACCAGAUCAUUCCUACAAGUGCUGUAACAGGAGGUAGGGUGGUAGGACACCAACAGAAGGAGAGAUUCAACAGUGAAACACGAAGUGAGGACGAACACCAGGAGGAUGAAACGCAGAGAGCUACAGUUGAACAAAGACAGUCGGCACAGGAAGUAGGGGGCUGACAUGGCCACACGUCUGGGACAGUCUCUUCACCCUCCUCUUCUCUUCCUCCUCCUCCUCCUCCUCUCAUCCCCGUCCUGUCUGCGGGCCCGCCCCCUGACCCUCCACCCCUCCAUCAAUGUGGCGGUGGUUUUCAGUGGCUCCACCUACCAGAGUGAGGUCAGAGGUCGGGUGAGCCAAGAGAACUUCUCUGACCUGCCCCUGGAGGUCAACCCUGUCACCGUGCUCGUCAACGACACCAACCCCCGCGACCUCCUCACGCGCCUCUGUGAGACCAUGGCGACGGAGCGGCUGCACGGCGUGGUGUUUGAGGACGACGUGGGCUCGGGGGCGGGGCCUCAGGUGGCAGAGGUGGCGCAGAUCUUGGACUUUCUGUCCACUCAGACGGCCCUGCCCAUUGUGGGCGUCAGUGGAGGCUCCGCCGUGGUGAUACCUCACAAGGCUGAAGGAUCCACGUUCCUGCAGAUGGGAGCCUCCCUGGAGCAGCAGAUCACCUGCAUGUUCAAGGUGAUGGAAGAGUACGACUGGGGCCAGUUUGUGGUGAUCACCAGCCUGUUGCCGGGAUACGACACCUUUGUGGAUUAUGUACGCUCCUACACGGACACUUCCUACUUCCUGUGGGAGUUGCAGGACGUCCUGACCCUGGAGAUGUCUGUAGGUGCCAACGACCUGCGGACCAAGCGUAUGCUCCAGCAGGUGGACUCCCAGGUCCUGCUGGCCUACUGCUCCUACGAGGAGGCCCAGUACCUUUUCCUCCAGGCUGGGGAGGUGGGCCUCCUGGGUCCUGGCUACAUCUGGAUCCUGCCCAGCCUGGCUGUGGGCAACCCUGACAGACUUCCACCAAUAAGCUUCCCAGUGGGGGUGAUUGGCGUAAUCACCGACAACUGGAGGAAAAGCCUGCGGCAGAGGGUCAGGGAAGGCGUGGCCAUAGUGGUCAAAGGGGCGGAGAGCUUCAGGAAGCAGCAAGGAGUUGUGGCUGAGGGCCACAGUGACUGUAACAAAGUAACUAAACACACCAACAACAACACACUUUUCAGACACAUGCUGAACGUAACUUGGGAGAGAAAAGACCUGUCAUUUAACAAUCACGGCUUCCUCGCCAACCCAUCCAUGGUCGUCAUCGCUCUGGACAGAGAAAGACAUUGGGACAAGGUGGGGACGUACUCCCGGGGCAUCCUCCAGGUGCGCUACCCUGUGUGGCCGCGCUACGGCAGUUUUCUGGAGCCCGUGUCGGAUGACCGGCACCUGACAGUCGCCACCUUGGAGGAGCGGCCCUUCGUCAUUGUGGAGGACGUGGACCCCGACACUGGCACCUGCGUGCGCAACACCGUACCCUGCCGACGCCAGUCUAACCGCACAGAGAGUAUCGUGGGUCACUCUGAACCCUACACUAAGCUCUGCUGUAAAGGCUUCUGCAUCGACACCCUGAAGAAGCUCUCCAAGACCAUCAAGUUCUCCUACGACCUCUACCUGGUCACCAACGGCAAGCACGGCAAGAUGGUCAGGGGAACCUGGAACGGCAUGAUAGGAGAGGUGUUCUACAGGCGGGCGGACAUGGCCAUCGGCUCUCUCACCAUCAACGAAGAGCGCUCGGAGAUCAUUGACUUUUCUGUUCCCUUUGUGGAGACUGGCAUCAGCGUGAUGGUCGCCCGUAGCAACGGCACAGUGUCCCCUUCUGCCUUUCUUGAGCCCUACAGCCCUGCAGUCUGGGUCAUGAUGUUCGUCAUGUGUCUGACCGUUGUGGCUGUGACUGUGUUCGUGUUUGAGUACUGCAGUCCCGUGGGCUACAACCGUAGUCUGGUCAGUGCCAAAGCUCCUGAUGGCCCCACCUUCACCAUCGGCAAGUCGGUAUGGCUACUGUGGGGCAUCGUGUUCAACAACUCUGUGCCCAUCGAGAACCCCAAGGGCACCACUAGUAAGAUCAUGGUGCUAGUCUGGGCCUUCUUCGCUGUCAUCUUCCUGGCCUCUUACACCGCCAACCUUGCCGCCUUCAUGAUCCAGGAACAGUACAUAGACACAGUGUCGGGACUCUCUGACAAGAAGUUCCAGAAGCCGCAGGAACAUUAUCCUCCAUUCCGGUUUGGGACGGUGCCUAACGGGAGCACAGAGAGGAACAUCCGCAGUAACUACCCAGACAUGCACACACACAUGGUCAAGUACAACCAGAAGGGUGUGGAGGAGGCCCUCAACAGCCUUAAAACAGGGAAGCUGGAUGCGUUCAUCUAUGACGCAGCGGUGUUGAACUACAUGGCCGGGAAGGACGAGGGCUGUAAGCUGGUCACCAUAGGCAGUGGAAAGGUCUUCGCUACCACCGGUUACGGCAUUGCACUCCAGAAGGACUCACGCUGGAAACGGCCCAUAGAUUUGGCCCUGCUGCAGUUCCUAGGAGAUGGAGACACACAGCGCCUGGAGACGGUGUGGUUGUCUGGGAUCUGUCAGAAUGAGAAGAACGAGGUGAUGAGCAGUAAGCUGGACAUAGACAACAUGGCGGGAGUGUUCUACAUGUUGCUGGUGGCCAUGGGCCUCAGCCUGCUGGUGUUCUCCUGGGAGCACCUGCUCUACUGGAAACUACGACACUCCCUCCACAAGUCCCCCAAACUAGACGUCCUACUGGCCAUCAGCAGGGGCGUCUACAGUUGUUUCAAUGGAGUGGAGGAUCCAGGUCACUCCUCUAACCUGCCCAACCCUGACCUCACCGCCAACUACGCCCAGGCUAACAUGCUAAAGAUGCUUCGGACCGCUAAGGACCUGGUCUCCACAGCUAAUGUAGAGAACUCACUGGACAACGCCACCAAGGCCAUAGAACACUGGAGUCGCCACGGCAGCAGCAUUCCCAUCCGCGUUCCCCAGGUCACCACGGAGACCGUGCCAGGGGGGUUCGCUUACGUCACAGAGGACCCUUCCCCCCUCCCCCAGCAUUCCCUGACUUUGCCCUACUCCAGCCCCCAGCCGUUAACGGCCGUGACCUCCCUGAAACAGCAGAGGGGACUGGCCAGGCCCACGCCCCUGCGCUACACCCUCCCUGCCCGCUCCAGCUCCUGCCUGUACAACCGGACGCUCCCCAUGUCCAGCCUCAGCAGCCCACACCUGGCCUCCCCAGACCCCCCGCCCCACCCCAAGCCCCACCUCCACCAGACAACAGGGAGGCUGUACGUGGACGCCCAGCCCCCACCAAGCUCCCCCUUCGUGCCCUACAGGGAGCUGCAGCUGCCUGACAUCUAUGCCUCCCACCCCUCCUCCCUCUCCCCCCAGCACCUGCCUCUCCAGGACGGGCCCUCCAGGAGGAAGCGGAGGUCCAGAAGCUUCCAGUCCGAGGAGCCGGGCAGGGAGAGGAAAAAGCACCGGGACAAGGAAAAAUCCCCCAAGUCCACUGUGUGUCUGGCCGAGCUCAGAGCCAACCACCUCUUUGAGAACCACAGCCCAGGUCCCAGUGCUGACAUCAUUUACCCAGGAGAGGUGCUCUGUCCUGGGGGAGAGAGCUGUAGCUCCUGGCCCAUGGAGGACUUGGAGCUGGCUGGCAGACGCAGGCUCCACCGCCGGCCCUCCUUCCUGAGAGCCACCUGGGGCAGCGAGCGCAUCCACCAGCACCAUGAGACCCCUGUCCCCCUGUCCCCCUCAAGUCAAUCACCUUCCACCCUACCAGAUCUUUUCCCUUGCAUGCUGGCUCAAACCACACCCACGAAAACCUACAGCCCCUCCCACAACCACGACAACCUGUUUUACCCACGAGACCACGCCUACCUGCAUUUAAGACAGGACCAGAGGCGGGGCAACGAGCGGGGCCGCAAGGCUCAGAGGCUACGCUACUCCCACUCCACCCACCUCCCCACCUAUGGGGAGGCAGUACGGCAAGGGGGUGGGGCAGGACAGGGCCUAGGGGUGGUCCAGAGAGCAACCAGCCUGCUCAGCAGACAGUACGCCCACUACCUGAGCUCCUACCCUGGCCUACCCCUGUACCACAGCCCCAUGGACCUGCAGCCACACACUCAGGCCCCCGCUGGCCAGCCCAGCUCCAGCCCUGUGUGCCAGCUGCUGGCAUGUGGAGGUGGGCACUGUGGGGGCCAGCGAGGGCUGCUGUACCAGGACAGCCUAUAUGGAGCCUAUGGAGUUUACCGGGGCCCAAGGCCAGGACUGGAGGCCCAGCCGGGGCAAGGGGUGACCGGGAGGCCCCAGGACAGUCCUUGUCUGCUCAGGUCCUGGGGCAGAGUCUCCAGUCUGGAGUCUGAGGUUUAACUGAAGGAAAACAUCUCAACCACUACACCUCUUAUUUAUGUAUGACACAUCACAGCUUCUGGGAAGGGGGUGUUUGGGGAGGGGGGGCACUGGAAACUGGAGACUUUAUCGAGGGCGAUGAUCUGUUUGUUGACUUCACCUUAUAACUGAGCACACAAUAACCUCGCUGAGAUGUCUGCUACCGAGGGGCCCAGACCAGGAGCCCAGGCUGAAUUCUGAGAGACAGCAGGACAAGACCGCGGUGGGACACUUACUCAGUCUGGAGUGGACUUGUGAAAAGAUUGUAGAGUAGAUUGUGUUGUUGCUGCUUACACAAAAACAUGUUCAUGUAUUUUCUAUCAAUGAAGUGCACAAGAUUUACUAGUCAAUCCGAUGGCAAUAUGGUAAUGUUCCAAUGGUCAUGAUGCCAGACAGACAUCUGAGAAGUCUAGUUUGUAGACAAGGGCUGUCUGAGCAGACCCUCUCCAGUCUGAACCUCUUUGUGUGUGUGUGUGUGUGUGUGUGUGUGUGUGUGUGUGUGUGUGUGUGUGAGAGAGAGAGAGUUAGAGUGGGUGUGUAUGUGGGCAGCUACUGUGAUAGUUCACAGCUUCGGACUUUGAAUAGAGUCAUAUGUUGAUAUAUUGUUUAGUGCAAUAAAGCAGUUUUAGUUGUGGGGUGUGUGUGUCUUUGGAAAGAUGAUUGACUGAAAAGUUCCCCCCCAGGUUACCUACAGUAGAGGCUGACAGUAGAGGCUGAUGGGUUACUUACAGUAGAGGCUGACGGGUUACUUACAGUAGAGGCUGACAGGUUACCUAGAGUAGAGGCUGGCAGGUUACUUACAGUAGAGGCUGACAGGUUACCUAGAGUAGAGGCUAGCAGGUUACUUACAGUAGAGGCUGACAGGUUACCUAGAGUAGAGACUGGCAGGUUACUUACAGUAGAGGCUGACUGGUUACCUAGAGUAGAGGCUAGCAGGUUACUUACAGUAGAGGCUGACAGGUUACAUACAGUAGAGGCUGGCAGGUUACUUACAGUAGAGGCUGAUGGCUUACUUACAGUAGAGGCUGACAAGUUACUUACAGUACAGGCCGACGGGUUACUUACAGUAGAGGCUGACAAGUUACUUACAGUAGAGGCUGGCGGGUUACCUACAGUAGAGGCUGAUGGGUUACCUACAGUAGAGGCUGACGGGUUACUUACAGUAGAGGCUGACAGGUUACCUACAGUAGAGGCUGACGGGUUACUUACAGUAGAGGCUGGCGGGUUACCUACAGUAGAGGCUGAUGGGUUACCUACAGUAGAGGCUGACGGGUUACUUACAGUAGAGACUGAAAGGUUACCUACAGUAGAGGCUGAUGGGUUACCUACAGUAGAGGCUGACCUGGUGAGGGAGGUGGUCAUACAUGAACAGCAGCACAUUGUCAAAUAGGGCUUCACAAUAUAUUUCUAUGUAUUCUAAAUACUAUAUAUGGAGAAUAUAUCGAUUAGAUGUGUCAUUUGAUGUUGAUUUCCGUGUUAAAGUAUAUUUAUCUAUUCCAGAGUGAUAUUUGUAUUCUCUUCUGCCACUGCUUCCUAUUUUCUUACUGACAGAGAUGUAGAGCCACAAGCUCUCGUUUGGUGUUUCUAUCUAUAUAUAGUAUAUACAGUAGGUCUACUUCUGAUUCUCUAUUAUUUCUAGAUCUUCCUUUCUUCUAUCUUCAUCAAAAUCUCUCUCUCUCUCUCUACUCUUAUUUUCCUUUCCCUCCGUCCCUCUGCCCUCCCUGUUUAAUGAUUGGAUUUUAAAGGAGGUAAUUGAAAGCUAUUCUAGUAUCUGUAUUACCUGGUUCUUCCACUCUGUAAUUAAUCACUUGGACCAAUU